AUGGGGUGCGGGGCUUCUAAGCCUAAGGAAGAGCAGCGACCAGUCCCGGAGCCUAAGAAAGGCUGGGAAGAAGGGAGAGAGGUUGAUAUUGGUGAAUCUCACAUACCUGUAAAUGCUGGGCCUUGGGAUAGGUCAGCAAUGUCUAAAAGUAUUUUAGAUGGUGGAUUUGGAAUGGAAAAUGUCUUGGUGGGAAGUUUACCUGGAACCAUUCUAGAAAAUUCACCAUCUCUUGAUGAAAGAAAUGAAGAAAUAAAUCCAGAACCAAUAAUUAAUGGAUUAAUUGGUACGUCCCAACACCUCCAGAGUCGAGAGAGGCCAAAGUCAUCAGACAUCCUGGAGGAACUUAUCAUUCAAGGCAUAAUACAAAGUCAAAGUAAAGUAUUUAGAAAUGGAGAAUCAUAUAAUGUCAUGGUGACCAUGGAUGAGAAGCCUCUCAGGAAGCCUCCUGCCAGACUAGAGAAGCUUAAGACCAAAAGGAAAACAAACGGCUUCACAAUAAAAAAUAUAGAAGACAAGAUGAAGGCAGCAGAUGAAAGGAGGAAGGUUAUAGGUGAAGAAAUGAAAAAAAGGCUGAGAAGUGACAGGCCUUUGCCACCGAUUGUCCCUUCAAGCACAGCAGAGCUGAGUGAGGAUGAUGCUCCAUUUGCCAAAGGAUAUGAUGCUACAGACUCUACGGUGUUUCAUCCCUCUACCAUGGAAACAGGAAGGCAAGUGAAAAGGAAAAAAAGCAUUGGGAAGGGCAAUAUGACCUCAAGUGAAAUAAAUCAAAGUCAUGAAGCCUUUGGGGUUGUGGAGUCUGACGUGAACUACAACACUCCCGAUGAGGUAUUCUGA